ACGUGUCAAAGGGAGGAGACAGGAGCAGGUUAUAGAGACGAGAUGAUCAUGAAACUAUUGAUUAACAACACAACAACAAACAGAGACAAGACUUCACCAAACGGCCCGUCAAAGACAAACAUGGAUACAUGCAUGUUAUUGAAUUCAGAGGAGUUACAGGAGCCAGAGGAGUUAGAGGAGCCAGACUUCAGGAUUGUGCUUGUUGGGAAAACUGGAGCUGGGAAAAGUGCAACAGGAAACACCAUCUUAAGGAAGAAGGAUUUUCAAUCUGAAAUGUCUGCUGACACAGUGACAUCAGAGUGUCAGAAGGAAACAGGAGAGUUUGAAGGUAAAACACUGGAGGUUGUUGAUACUCCAGGUCUGUUUGACCCCAGUAAAUCUCAAGCGAAGGUGACGGAAGAGAUCGUUAAAUCCAUGUCAAUGGCUGCUCCUGGUCCUCAUGUGUUCCUGGUCGUGAUCCAGUUGGGCAGAUUCACAAAAGAAGAAGAAGAAACAGUGAAAAUCAUUCAGAACGUAUUUGGAGAGAAGGCAGCACGUUACACCAUAGUCUUGUUCACCCGUGGAGACGAUCUGGAGGCAGAUGGAGUCUCUGUAGAAAAAGUAAUUGGUAAAAAUAAAGAUCUCCGUGAUUUCAUCAGUCGGUGUCAUGGAGGAUACCAUGUUUUCAACAACAGAGACAAAGAUCCAUCUCAAGUCCGUGAGCUGCUGAAGAAGAUCAACACCAUGGUUCAGAGAAAUGGAGGAAACUACUACACCAAUGAAACGCUCCAAGAGGCUGAGAGAGCCAUAAGAGAAGAAACGAGACGUCUUCAGGAAGAAGAUCCAGGUAUGACAACUGCAGAGGCAAGAAGAAGGGCAGAGAAACGUAACAAGUUCACACAGAGAAUGAUGGCUGGUGUUUUAGGAGUUCUCGGAGCAGCUGGUGGAGCAGCUGCUGGAGUAGCUGUUGAAGUAGCUGUUGCAGCAGAAAUUGGAGCAGCAGUUGGUCUUGUUGGGGGUCCAGUAGGAGCUGCAGUAGGAGCUGCAGUAGGAGUUGCAGUAGGAGCUGCAGUCAUAGGUAUCGCUGCAGCAGUGAAAAAGGCACGUAAACAGUGAUAUGUAAUAUUAAUUAAAGAUCAUCUUCAGCUCAUUACAACAUUAUUAAAAUGAUAUAAAGAGAAAAUAAUCAUGGUAGCUGUGUGUAACUUUGAUUUGAUCACAUCUCGUUUAUUUUUCUGCUUCUGUUCUUGAACGCAUCAUCUUCACCAGCAGGUAGUUUUCUGCUAAUGUUAGAGAUCAUCAGCAUUUUAGUUUCACUAGAAGGACAAACUGCAGGUGAUUUGUUUGAAUGAUUCAUUAAUAAAAAGUUUAAUCUUGAAUAAAGUUUGUUUUCUUGUGCUGUCAGAGGAGGUGUUGUAGAGAAGGAAAGUUUUAAGAUGAAUAAGUUUGUAGUAAAGAUCGUAGAGAUGUUUCUGUGUUGGUAAGGUGAGAUUUAAAGCAGGAACAACAGUGACAUGUUGGUUCAUAUAUCACAUGUAUGUUAUCUGUGUUCUCUCAUAUUAAUAAAUAUAAACAUGUCAAAUGAU